AUGGAAAAGUGCGUCUAUGAAGUUAAGUCCAUUCCGUUCUUGGGGUAUAUCGUAUCCGGUUCUGGCUUGGAGAUGGACCCCGAGAAGCUUCAAGCAAUCCAAGAGUGGCCGAUUCCUGUAAAUCUCAAGGGCAUCCAGAGAUUCCAAGGGUUUGCCAACUACUACAGGAAAUACCUCCAGGUGGAGGUUACGGCGUUGCGCAGUAAGGUCAGAGAUUUGGAAGAUAGAUCACGGCGGAAUAACGUGAAGAUCAGGGGAAUUCUGGAGUCGGUCUCAAACUCCUACUUAAGGGAAUACGUCACCGACCUUUUUACGAAAUUGCUGCCCACUGUCACUAUUACAGACUUCCUGUUAGAUCGUAUCCACCGACUCCCGAAGGCAUAA